CCGUGUGUUCGGGUCUUCUUUGUUGUAUUUAUCACGUCUUCGAAAUAGGCCUGCCGGUGUUGCAAGAGGACGCCCCCAUCGGCAGUUUAUCAAGAUUGUUCAUCCCCACUGUCACUGAUUCCCGAAAAUCACAAGAUUUGAAGCAUGUCUUCCCAGCUAAGACGUGCAUUUUCAGCUGGGCAUGGGAGUGUAGGAACACCGCCUCCAUCCCAUGGCCGCUCACAUUCCUCCACACCUUCCCAGCCAGUGGUUGCUAACUACCCAUCCUUCAAUGCAGGCAAGAUUGGCAGCCCUGGAAAAUCUUCGAGUCAUGAGACCCGCAUUCCCAAGCCCCCAAAGCCUCCAGACAAGCCCCUCAUGCCUUACAUGCGCUACAGCCGCAGCGUCUGGGACAAAGUCAAGCAGGAGAAUGGCGACCUCAAGCUGUGGGAGAUUGGUAAAAUCAUCGGCCAGAUGUGGCGAGAGUUGCCAGAGGAACAGAAGCAGGUCUUCACGGAGGACUACGAAAAUGAAAAGGCUGAAUAUACCAACAACAUGAAGAUUUAUCACAACUCCCCUGCCUACCAAGCUUGGGUUGUGGCUAAAGGAAAAGUUCAACAGCAGCAAGACCAGGAGGCAAAGGAGCCAAGACCCAAGCCAGAGCCUAGGAUGAGCAUCCAACCAGCCGAAGAUGAAGAAGACCAAGACGAUGGGUUCUCUGUCAAGCACAUUGCAGCAGCCCGCUACCAACGCAACCAUCGCUUCGUCAAUGAUAUCUUCAGUGAUGCUGCUGUACCAGACCCUCGCUCUGUGGUGACUGAGUCGCGUAUGCAGGUGUUGAAGAGACAGGUCCAAUCCCUUAUGGUGCAUCAGAAAAAACUAGAGAACGAGUUGCAACAGAUUGAGGAGAAACAUGAAUAUAAAAAGAGAAAAUUCCAUGAAACCAGCGAUCAGUUCCACGCGGCCAUGAAAAAGCUUUGUGAGCAGAAAGUGGAGAUAAAGUGGGAGGAGCUUCCUCCCCCUGACCUGCCCCUCCCUCCUCCCCCACCCCCCAUGGGAAGCAUCCUCAGCCAGGCACUACAGCGACCAAACGUGCCGCCUUCUUCCCUCCUGCCCACAUUCCCACCACCCCCGCAGCAGAUCCCCACCCAGGUGCUUCCCCCUGCCAUGCCCCACAUGGAGACACACAUGGGUUCACACACAGGGUCACAGACAGGGCCACAAACUGAACAGCAGAUCGGUUCAACCCAACAGCCUCCCAGUGAGUCACAGACGACAACGAGUGGCCCUUCCACAGAGGCGCAAGAGCAGAAACCAGAAGAUUCACAAAAGGAGGAGGCCAUGGAAGUUGACGCACCAGCCAGUGAUUCCAAGGAUGAGACCUCCUCCUUACCUGUCUCUGAAAGCAAAGAACUACCAUCCACAACCGAUGGUGUAGAAAAAGAAGAUCUUAAUAAGGACAAACCAUCUCCCGAUGACCCUUUCCCAACCACGGACGACAAGGAGAAACAACUACCUACGGAGCAGGCUGAGCCCAGUAAGCCUUCAGGGGAAGCUGCCUUGUCGCCUGCCGCCGUAGUGAAGGACAAUGAAGGCGAGGACGUCCCCCCAAAAGAGGCUAGCAAUGCUCAAGAAUCUACAUUAGGAACCCCGCAGGAUGAGGCAGUGAAGAAGCCAGAAGAAACGGGAAGUAAAGGAGACGACGUCAAGGAACCAGAAGGAUCGGCAGUAGAUGACAGGAAAGAGGGAUGUGAGAAGGAUGAUCCGAAAGUGGAAGAAAAGAAAGAUGAAGAUCAGGCCAAUAGGGACUAAGGACAGAUUGUCAAACAUUCAGUUUUGUUUUGAGUGUAGUUCAUCUUUAAUUUAUAUGUAUACAUGGUGAGCUAUCGUAAGUUGUUUGAUAGGGGAGCAUUAAAGCCUUAACAGCCUUAGUAUCAAUUGCUAUUCUAUAUCCCAACUAAUUUGAUGACUUUGUUUUGGAAUAAUGAACUGUCUUGUUUGUUAUUUUUUUGUUCAUGAAAAACAGCAGACAAUAUUCAUUUAAGGGGCUAGGGUCUGAAGGAAGGAGAUGUUGGAAGUUUUGGGAGGUUAAAGUGAGCUAUGAAUUUUCAAGGAGGGCAGGGUCUGGGUUGCCUUGAGAUUAGCCUUAGUGCCACCCUUGACAUGUUUCCCAUGAAUGCUUGAAAUUGCCCACAUGGGGUUGGCUUGGGUGUUGAUGCCCAGGAGUUCUUCAGAAGUAUAAUUCCCUGUAGGAAUCUGUCAAUGGGCCACUCAUUUUCUCUGUUACUCGAGACAAGACAAGCCUAGUAAAUCUGGUCCCAGAGUGCACAAAAAUGCAUUCAGUGGAUUCGGAAUUGCUACUCCAUGGACGUCUUCAAUCAUCUGGUUUACACAAUGGGUCAGAUUUAGCCUAUUACAGGGUAAUCCUAUACAAUAGCACUCACUAGCCAAAUAACCAGACUCGGUGGCAAUCAGUGUGUGUGUGUGUGUGUCUGUCAGUCAGAUACCAAGUGGACUAUAGGCUGGCCCUCUGCAACCAGAAACGAAAUGAAAGAUGGUCACUUUGAGUACAGUGGAGAGUGGGGGGAAUUGUUUUUGUUCAUUUCCCACAAUGAAAGAAGUAGUCUUGAGAGUCACAGUAUGUCAAAACCUGCCCUGAAAUAAAAACUCAUGUACGAUGACAUUUCAGACUUUGUUUCCUUUUAUCAGUAGGAGAAUAAUUGUGACUGAAACUGCAAUUCUUUUUGGAAGUAAUUUCUUCAAAAUUGACAACAGUUUUCCAAUAUCUCAAAAUGCAUCCAACAAACUGAAACAGUGCGUUGUACAAUUAGAAAACAACAUUUUCUUAUGUACCUAUAUAUUCGCACCUUUACUAACAUUUUGUGGAAGACUCACAUUUUUUCAACAUUUGUAUAACAUGGCACAUUUAUCAUUUAAAGUUUCAAGCGAAGUGAUUGUGCUGAGACAAGUUGAUUUUAAUGAAUAGUCUUAUUGCAAACUAAACAUAUUGUUGUUAGGUGUAGAAUGUAGUGUGCCAUUUACUUGCUGAAAAUAAACAUCAGAGGUAGAGACAA